CGGCGAAGCAAGAAGCAGUAGCGCUAUAGUGCGGAAACGGGCGGGUGCGCGUGUGACGAAAGACGACAACUAACUACAAUCACUACUCCAUGCAGAACGCAACAGCAACGAAAAAAAAAAUAAGAACAAGAUAAAUCUAUAUUAAUAACAUUGUACACACACACAAACGCACACAGCGUGUGGAAAAGGCAUCUGAAAGAUACGCCAGCUAAAUAGGAGUGAAUAUUAACACAAAUAACACAGCAGCAAAACACAUCGAGCAGCAGUAGUUGCGUUCUACGGCGACAUAUAACAACAACAACAACGACGAUACUUAAUAAAAUACCCAACUAAAUUGUAAAAUAAGAAUAUAAUAAUCCACAUCCGAUUCGAGUUUGAGAAAAGCAAAAAAAGCAAAAAUAAUUCCAUAUCAUACGACAAAUACGCGAAACAAAGAACGACCCGGUGCCGAUCGAGUAGACGCAGAAACGCAUCAAAAGUGUUUUCCAUAUCCAAAUGUGACAAAGUGAUGAAGAGUGCAACAUGGAAGGCAAAACAUCGUUCCUUCCACGGCGACAACAACAACAAAUGUAGCCCCAACAAGUGAAUUGGAUAGUGCGCGAUAAAUAAUUGAAGAAGCAAGAAACCCCAGGAGGGGAAAAUAAGUGUGCUGAUCAGAAAAGAAAAAAUUCAAGAGUUCUAAAGUCCAGUGCAAAGCAUACAUACAUCGCAACAAGGCAGUCACUUAGCCAACCAAUCAGUGGGGAUAGAAAGUGAAAUAGAAAGUAAAUUAAAUAAAAAUACACAUAUACACACGCACAAGUUCAUACAUAACAAAUAAAUAAAUAUAAAUAAGCACAUAUACAGCUAUCCGUCCCUUGAGGACUGUUUGCAUUCCUUAUCGUUAAGCAAACUCUAACGCAUACAAUUGCCCAGUUAGAAAUCAAUCAAUGGCAAUGUCUUCCCAAAUAUUGCCAGUGCAGUGUCUAGUGUUAAGUGCCCUCUUUGGGAGUUUAUUAACCCCCGUUCUCUGCUUUAACUUUGCCCCCAAGCCACAAGUGGUCAUAGGAGCGCCACAGCUGAAGUUCUUCAAGUCUCACGUGAGGAGCUCCUACUUUGGAUAUGCCAUGGUUAUACGCCCCACCAGUAUAAUCGUUGGAGCGCCGCGGGCUCAAUCAACUCUGGAAUCCCAAAGGCAUAUCAAUGAAACUGGCGCCAUUUACCGAUGUUCCUUUAAGGGCACCCCCAAUUGUCGCCCGUAUGUGUUCGAAAAACGUGGCAAUAUAAAUAUUGAGCACAGCGAGUAUUCCUAUGACUCGGAGAAACGAGACUACCAGUGGCUGGGAGCAGCCAUGGAUGGCGGUACCGAGGACACUGACAAGCUGAUUGUGUGUGCCCCCAGGUUUCUGACACCUUCAAUUUCCGAUUACUUGAUGCAUGGCAAGUGCUAUUGGAUCAAUAACACCUUGUCCGAUAUGCCCAGUGAUGUGAUACCGAUAUCACCAUUACGAGGGGUACAUGAUCAGAUCAGAGAUUAUGAAGAUGGCGAGAGGGUUUACUACUACAUGUUGGCUGAACAAGGUCUUAGUGUUCACGUAACUCCCGACAACGAGCAAUUUCUUAUUGGUGCUCCUGGUAUUCAUACGUGGAAGGGCUCAGUGAUACGCUAUCGAAGAAAGGAAUUGAAUGAUGAGCCGAGUCUUAGUCGUCGGGACACGAGUGGUUCUCCACGCAUUCCUAGGCAAACUCGAGUGAUUUAUGAGACUGAUAUUCCAAAUCCGAGGAACUUCAAGCAGCCCAGUGAUUCCUACUUUGGUUAUUCAGUUAGUUCGGGCUACUUUGAUUCCAAUAACCGCAAAAGGCUUAUGUAUGUGGGCUCGGCUCCACAGGCCGAUGAACAGUCGGGAGAGGCUUACGUAUUUGACUAUGUAACUAAAUACAAAAUAACGAAACACUAUGUUUGCCGCGGACUCCAAUUUGGAGAAUAUUUCGGCUAUGCUGUAUUAGCGGAGGACAUAAAUGGAGAUGGCCUGACCGAUGUUAUUGUGUCAGCACCACAAUACACUAUCAGUGGUUACUUUGAUGAUGGUGCCAUCUAUGUUUUCAUCAACCAAGGCAGAUUUAAUUUUGAACGCAAGUUGCUUACUUCUCCGAUCCAUGGCAAGGCCAGGUUUGGAACGACUCUUACAAAACUGGGUGACAUUAAUAGCGAUGGCUUCAACGACAUUGCAGUGGGGGCUCCGUUUGCUGGAGAUGGCGCCGUAUUUGUUUAUAUGGGCAGUGCCAAUGGCUUACGCGAGCAACCCAGCCAGCGUUUGGACUAUCCAAAGGUCAACGAAUCUCCCUACGGCUCAGCUAUGUUUGGUCAUGGUCUGUCAAAGGGUUCCGACAUUGACGACAACGGCUUCAAUGAUUUUGCUAUAGGGGCUCCAAAUGCCGAGACAGUCUUUGUUUACCAUUCUUAUCCGGUGGUUACAAUUAAGGCCACAAUUUCCUCCCAAACACGAGAAAUAAAACCAGGACAGACAUCGUUCCCAGUGACAGUUUGCUACAGCAUUGCCACAAAUUCGCAUAAGGUGAGGGCGCAGGAUUUGGCCUUGCAUGUCAUUAUAGAUCCCCAAGUGAAGAGAGUGCGAAUAGCGUCGACAAACAGCAAUGAAUUACAGUUUAACGCCACAGCUUCGACUCAGAUGCAAUGCCGAGUUCUGGAAUGCAAUGUGCGUUUUAGUGAGGCCGAUAUCUUCAAGCCAGUUGAGUUGGAGCUGCAUUAUCAGCUGGUCCAUGGAAUACCCGAUUCCGAAGUGUUCUGUGAAACUUGCGCCGCGGUGGAUCCCGUUGAGCCGAAGAUAUACUCUGAAAAAAUCAUCUUCAGCACAGGUUGCGCUACAGAAAUUUGCGUAGCUGAUUUGCAAGUAACCAGUAAAUUGGAUCGCACAUUCGUUUUGGGAAGCAGUCGAACUUUCAAGGUUACCUACGAAGUCAUAAACAGAGGUGAGACUGCCUACUUACCCCAAAUCAAUAUCACCUCCUCGAAUCGCAUGCCAUUCGCCAAGAUACCUUCGAAUUGCAAGCACAACAACCAGGAUUCUAUGCUCCUGUGUGAUCUCAACCAAGGUCAACCAAUGCAGGAAGGCUCUUCAGAUGCAAUCACCAUUAUCUACGAUACCAGCAGCAUAUCGGGUGAGAACAUGCAAGUAAUGGCCAAAGUUUUUAGUACCGGCAAGGAGUCAACGGCUAGCGAUAACGUUGCUGCUGACAUUAUAAUGCUCACGGAAUUUACUGAAAUUGCCGCUGUUGGAGAACCAAGAACAAAACACAUAAAUUUGGAGGAAAUUUCGAACACGGCCGAAGUUAUCAAUUUUUAUGAGAUCAAGAGCAAUGGACCCAGCACAGUUCGUGCUAUACAACUUGUUUUCGAUAUACCCGUGGCCUAUACAAUUCCUGGCACCUCUAAAACCAUACCCAUUAUUGAUAUGAGCAACAUCACGAUGCACGCAAAGUAUGAUUCGCAAAUAAAGGACGUGACCUUCUAUCAAAACAAUACCCAGAUACUUAUGAACGCAAUAGAGAAAAUGUCCAGUUUCUCCAGCCAAUUCACAAAGAAAGUCAUGACCGAAAGCAGCAGUUCACAUUUUAAGACAAUGGAAGUGCAUCAGGGAGGCGAGUUCACCGUAAAGGAAGAGUCUUUCGGAGAAUCUGUAAUGGCUUCCACCAUGUCCAGCGGAAGAAGACGUAGGGAGGCUGCCGCAUUGACAGCAAAUAAGGAACAAUACGCCUUAAUUGCCAACACCAAAUCGUAUGACUUGCUGAGCGAGGACUUAAAGGGCACUCUGCCAGUCAAUCGAACAAUUGUUUUUAAUUGCAACGACCCGGCAAUGACUUUGUGUGUUCGCGCUGUAAUUCCCCUUUAUGAUUUCAAGCCGAACAAACCCGUCACUGUGACCAUGAAAUAUCAUGUUGACCUGCAGGAGGUAAAUCAGAUUUUAAUAGAACCAUGGGAGUUCUUUGUAAUAUUGGUUGGGGUAAGCGUUCAGAAGCCCACCGACCCCACAGGGUCGACCUUGGCCGUAAUCAAAAAGAUCGAGUACAACAUCAUAUCCAAGCAUCAGCUUUAUGGCACUCCGAUAUGGGUCAUCAUUCUGGCCAUUAUUGGCGGUCUGUUGGCCUUGGCCCUCAUAACCUAUGGCAUGUACAAAGCUGGAUUCUUCAAGCGUGCCACCAAGGAGGAAAUGGACAAAUUGGUGCACCAGGCCCAACUGUCGAACGAUGGAGUCACCGAAGCAUCAAACUUAAACUCGGAGCACAACUGAUGUCUCAAGUAUCAGGAAACAAUAUCAGCCAUUAUCCUUGUGAUCUUGUCUCGAGUCCAAAAAAGCUGUGAAUACACCUCCCGCCAAUUUUGCUUCAUGAAAAUGGCAAAACUUGUUUUAGUUUCCUUUAUUUUUUUUUUUUUGUUUAAUUUUGUUUAUUAAUUUGUUUGAAACAAAUGUUAAAGUGCGUAUAAACAUGAGCAGAAACACCAACAGGCAACCCAUUGGCGAGUAGGUUGACAAUCAACAAUGCAGCUCGCCGUGAGGGUGGGUCGCUUAGUAGGUUAAGAACGAUUUCGAUACCAAAUGUUACUAUUUUGUGUGUGCAUAUAAUUAAGUUAAUUUAUUUGUUUUAGGUUUCUACCCCUGUAGUUUGUUUAACCUUAUGUGUAUUUUCUAUGUUUUAUUUUUUUUUUACUAUUUUUAGUCUCCUGCAUAGAACUGUGUGCAGAAGUAAGUUAAUAUUUUAGUUGCCAUGUGUAAAUAACAUUUUAAGAAAGGACAAAGACACACUCCAUUGUGAAUUUGUUGUGUAUUUUUACUUGUAAAUUUUAUUGAACGAUAAGUCGCUGCAUUUCGUAUUUUUUUAUUCAAAAAAAAAAAAAAACACAAAAAGCGACGAUAUGCAAGCCAGUAAUUUUAAGAUUUUAUAAGUAUUACUUUUUAUAUGAGAUAUAAAUAAAAACCCAA